AUGAGAGUUUCUCCUGCACUUUACAUUGCUCUGUUACUAGGUUUCUGCCAUUGCAGGGAUGAUAGCAGAUAUGUAGGGGAUAAAAGAGCAGAUGGAGAAAGUAUACCAGUUGAACUCUUUGAUGAGAUUUAUAAGAGACAAUCUGGAGUUAAAUAUGGACACUCUUUUCCAUUGAACGGUGCAUUUUCUCUCGAUUUAUCCAGUCCAGAUGGUAACCUAGUGACGAUAUAUGAAGAAGAUAUCAGAAAAAUCAAGUACAAGGGAUAUUAUGUGAAGAGCAGUUUCAGAGUUGAGUAUAUUGUGAACAAUAAAAUUCCUGUAUGGACUACCUAUGAAGGUGAGAGAUGCCUAUACGCAGAAUCUUUCAGUAAGGGUCAGGCUACAAUCCUUAGUGUUUGCACAUAUCUCUAUGGGAAGGUAGAUUAUAAGUACUAUGAAUACAUUGGAGGAGCAUGGAAAGAGAUUACAGAAAAAGAGUUUUCCGGCCAGUUGAAGCUGGGAGAAAUUGGACAUUUAGAAAUAGAGUAUCCAAAACCUAAAACUUCUACCGCAGUUUUUUUCCCAAGUAAAGCGAAUGAUUCUGAUAUGCCUCAACCAAUUACACCUUUAGAUCAGCCACAACUUCUCACAAGGCCUCUACCUCAUACUCUAUUAUUUGGCAAAUCAGGACACGCAUCUUCUAAAACUGUGUCGGUCCUUUCACAUGCAGAUACUAUAAAUUUAGCAAACCCUGAUGAUUCCGUUUGCACUUCAUUUGUAACAAAUAUUGGAGGGGUUAAAUCUCGGAUAUUCAUCAUGGAACACACUACUUCUAUUAAAACUGUGAAACAUACCCAGGAAAUUGUAUGGAAAGGCAAAGAAGGUGAGCGGUGCGUGUUUUGCAUAACAUUAAUGAAUAAUGAUGAACCGGAAAUGGCAAUUGUCAAGGCACAGGAUCAGGAUGGUUUGUUCUAUACGAAUUACCUAAAGUAUAAGAAAAAUAAUGACCUAUUUCAUCAUUUUGCAUUUUUGAGUACUGUGCCUGGAUUUUGCUAUUUUCGUUUUUUCUCCGAAAAGAAGGGUUGGCAUCAUGCACCUAUGAGUGGUCGAAAUAUCGGCAAGCUGAGUGAAAGCAGUUUAACACCAGCAAAGGUCUCCUUAGACAUUUCAUCCUUCAAAGGAACUUUUACUUUCAAAGUGACAAGUUUUGACUACAAUGGUAUCUCUAAUCGCUUAUUUAUGCCUAACAAAGGUUAUGGAUUCGGCAAUAUUAUGGACGGUUGUGAAGAGAUUUGGAAGUACGGAGGAAGUGAAUUAUGUUUUAUAUGUGAAAUAUAUUCCAGAGAUGAUUUAACGGUAUUAAGAAUACUUAUAAAGGAUGAUGACACCUUUUCAUUCCCCUGCUUUGAGAAAGUAGGUAGAGCAUGGAAGUAUAUUCUCAUGGAAGAGUUUUAUAGCAAAUUAGGAGAUGUAACGCAUUAUCAACCAUCCACUAUCAUUUCCCCUCUUUCUCAUUCUCCCCAAUCAAUUCUCGAUAUUUCUACCGCAAAUAAUACGUCUUGCAAGUCGUUCUACUAUUAUCAAAACUAUAUUCACAAGAGAAUGAUUGUCCCAAACAAGGGGGUUACAAUCACAAAACUAGUGGACGGAAAGAAUGAUAUUUGGACUGCUGAUGAAUGGAACAAGUUCGGAUACAUCCAGGUUUACUUAAAGGACGGAAAACCACUACUUGUUCUUUUAGCUACAGAUAGUUCAAAGGGAUUAAGUGAGAGAUACUUUGUAUAUAAAAAUGAUAAAUGGGAACCAUUUUCGGGUGAUUGGAUGAGCUUGCCACCACUUGACGUGGAUUCACAGAUAUUUGGCCACUUUACUAUUGAUUUAGCAUCUCGUGAGAGUACUAAUGAAUGUAGCAUCUUUGAAGCUGAGAUACUUGGAGUUACAACAAGAUAUUAUUUUCCAAAACCGGGAUACAUUGCCAUUUCAAUUCAGAACGGUGCAAAACAAAUAUGGAAGGCCAGAAAUUACCCUUUCAAACACUGUCUUUCAUUUGGGAGUCGCCUUAAGGGAUUUGACGUUGAUUGUAUUUCAUGUAUCACAUAUAAGAAGGGGGAUACACAUAUGCUCUCUAUCUGUCUUAGGGUAGACAAUAGCCCUCAAUACUUUUACCAUGUUAAGGUAGGCGAGGAUUGGAGGUUUAUCACCGAAAGUCAGUUUGAUGAGAAACUUGCCGAGAUGAGAACAUCAACAUAG